ACCCGAUGGAGCGGUGGUCCGUCCUCCGCCGGAGCGUCGAGGGGCCUGAUCCAUGUCCGCGCCCCGGCCAACAGCGCUGAUUCCUGGGUACCUCCGCCUCCGCCGCCCCUGACCCCGGGCCUCCCCGCUCCCUCUUCCGCCUCCUCCGUACAAUGUCCGUCAGCAUGAUCGGGAAACUCAAGCAGAACCUCCUCGUCGCCUGCCUGGUCAUCAGCUCCGUCACCGUCUUCUACCUGGGACGUCACGCCAUGGAGUGCCACCACAGGAUCGAGGAACGCGGCCAGAGCGGCGUCGCCAUCCCGCUGUCCGCCGUCGGGGGCAGCAUGCGGACCACGUUGCGGACGGGCCAGAACCUCAGCACGCCGUUCCUCUACAGCAAGGACAUGCCCCUGGUGUUCAUCGGAGGAGUGCCGAGGAGCGGGACGACGCUGAUGCGCGCCAUGCUGGACGCGCACCCCGAGAUCCGCUGCGGGGAAGAGACCAGAGUCAUCCCGCGGAUUUUGGCGAUGAAGCAGAUGUGGAGCCGGUCGGGGAGGGAGAAAAUGCGACUGGACGAGGCGGGCGUGACGGACGAGGUUCUGGACGCCGCCAUGCAAGCGUUUUUGCUGGAGAUAAUCGUCAAACACGGAGAACCGGCGAACUUCCUGUGCAACAAGGACCCGUUCGCGCUGAAGUCGCUGUCGUAUUUAGCCAAAAUUUUUCCAAAGGCGAAGUUCGUGCUCAUGAUCCGCGACGGGAGGGCGUCCGUGCAUUCCAUGAUCUCCCGGAAAGUGACGAUCGCGGGGUUCGACUUGGGGAGUUACCGGGACUGUCUGACCAAAUGGAAUCGCGCCAUAGAGACGAUGUACACGCAGUGUCUGGACGUGUCCGACAAGUGUCUGCCGGUGCAUUACGAGCAGCUCGUCCUGCACCCGGAGAAGUGGAUGAGGACUUUGCUCAAGUUCCUGGAGAUUCCCUGGAACGACGCGGUUCUGCAUCACGAGGAGCUCAUCGGGAAGGCCGGCGGCGUGUCCCUGUCCAAAGUGGAGCGGUCGACGGAUCAGGUGAUCAAACCGGUGAACGUGGAGGCUCUGUCCAAGUGGGUGGGGAAGAUCCCGCCGGACGUGGUGAGGGACAUGCCCGCCAUCGCCCCCAUGCUGUCACGCCUGGGAUACGACCCGCACGCCAACCCGCCCAACUACGGACGCCCCGACGCCAAAGUCCUCGACAACACCAGGAGGGUUUUUAAAGGUGAAUUUCAGCUCCCAGAUUUCCUAAGAGAACAGUCACAGAUGCAGAGAUCCGCAGAGAGACCCAACCCCAGUUAGGACCCGAGCCGCGACGUCACAGAGACAUCACCGCCAACAGGACGUCUGGACGCGAUCACAUGACCUCCUCCUCCUCCUCCUGUUCGUCACUGCAUCACAUGACCCGACUCGACCAAUCACGAGGCUGAACUCUGAAUGUCCCACAGUGUCAUGUUUCCAUGGUGGCGUUUUUUUUUGUUUUUUUUUUUGGACGGACACGAACUCUUAAUGUGGAAGUGUAUUUAUGAACGAGCGACGGCGUUUUCAGUUUCUUUUCUGUUUAGUUUUUUUUCAUGCCUUUGUUUCGUGCUGUGUCAUGGUACGAGUCACGUGGAGUUUGGACCGUGAUAAACCAACGCUUUUAUAAAAACUGUGUCUGUGUCCUUAUUUUCACUCACAUGUUCAAACACUUUAAGGAACUGGAUGUAAGAUUUAGAUGUUUACUGAUGUGGCUGAAGUGUCUUGCCCAAGGACACAACAAGUACAGGUCCAACCUGAAAAACCAGGAAAACAGACACAAGACUCGACUCAACUUAAAGAUUUUUAUUGAAAUUGUUCAGUUCCUUUAGUAGCAGUAGCAGGUCG